AUGUCCACCAAUUCCAACAUAUCAGCUAUGGCUCCUAUUAAAGAGUUUACCCUCAUCGUCGCUGCGACAAAUAAGAUGGGAGUGGGUAAAGGAGGCGGGCUUCCGUGGACGGGGUUGAGAAAGGAAAUGGCUUAUUUUGCGAGAGUUACCAAGAGGGCUGGUCCUGGGAAAACAAACGCAGUAGUGAUGGGGCGCAAAACCUGGGAAUCAAUUCCUCCUAAAUUCCGACCUCUCGCGAAUCGAGCAAACUAUAUGAUCAGUCGAGCACAAAUCUCUGAUUCCUCAGAUGUUGACCUCGGUCCCGAUGCACAUGCAGCAACAAGUUUGACCAAUGCACUCGAAAAACUCGGAUCGAGGAGUCAAGCGAAAGACUCGAAUAGUGAUGAUGAAAAGGAGAUCGACAGAGUUUUCAUAAUUGGUGGAGGACAAAUCUAUAAAGCUUCACUGGAAUUGAAGGAAGCGAAGAGGAUAUUAUUGACCAGGAUAAUGGAUGAUUUUGAAUGCGAUACGUAUUUCCCGGUUCAAUUGAAUGAGGAUGGUACUGGUAAUGGAUGGAGAAGGACGGAUACUCAAGCACUUCGAGAAUGGACUGGGGAAGGAGAGGCAGUGGAGGGAGUGAAGGAGGAAGGGGGCGUAAAGUAUAUCUUCGAGAUGUGGGAAAAGGUUGAGGAACCAUGA